GGGCAGCCAACUUCUUGUGCCUCCGAAGCGGCCAGCAAAGGAUCCUGAGUACUAGGUAAUGACAAAUCAUUAAGCCACACGCGGUUGUUUGCAGUCCGCUUGACCAGGUUUCAGUGUGUGUGGGGCAGCCCUCGGUGAUGGAUGGCACAGUAAAUGUGCUUAGAGGGAGGAGACAGCGUAGCUGCUCUUCGGAGGAAAUGGACCAUGGAUAUAAAGCCCCCGAAAAGCCUACUUCCAACGCUGCUUCACUUCUACCAUCACAAUCAGCAUUCAAUCCAGCAAGCCCCUCUCUGCUUCUAUAAUCCAACCCUUAAACAAUCCCUUCAGAAAAUCACCGCGUCCAAGUGCAAUGGCUGCCAUCAUCCGCCAGAUUUUCCGUCGCAAGAAGGAGCCUCCUUUGGUCUGCUCGGUGAGCCUCGACGCCGACGUUCACAGUGAGCACAGACACACCGCUGCAUGCUUCGUCGACUUCGAGCCACUCGCCAUCGUCGAAUUCUUCCAGAGCCAGGGAUGCCUAUCCUGCCCCCCCGCUAUCCCGGCCAUCCUCGAGGGAGUCAACCAGCCGAACCUCCUGCUACUCUCAUACAACGUCACCAUUUUCGAUCAUCUCGGCUGGCCGGAUACACUGGCGAGCCCAAAGUGGGACGCACGUCAGCGCGCAUACGCGAAGCUAUGGGGGCGCAACAACCUUUAUACUCCCAUGGUCGUCGGGAAUGGCGUGACUGACGGACCAGGUGCUGGCGGCAGGCAGGAGAUCACGGACAUUGUCGCUCGUUCUCGGGAGACCAACAGAGAUUUGGGCUGGCAAGUCUAUGUCGACGUCAAUGACACGGACCUGAGAAUCGACUCGGAUAAGCAGGAAGGCGAGGUGGGCGUCUACGACAUCUUGCUUGCUAUCUACGACCCCAGAUUGGAAAAGAUCAAGAUCAAAAAAGGUCCGAAUAAAGGGAAGAAGCUUGAUCAUGUGAACGUUGUUACCGACCUAGUGAAGGUUGGGGAAUGGAGGGGUGGCAACACGACACUGCCCCUUCCAACAGCGAAGUCUGAUCUCCCCCCUGGGAAAGAAGCGGUUGUCAUGCUCCAAGCACCGGCGGGUGGGCACAUCCUGGCUGCGGCCAAACUGUAG